AUGUCGCUCGACAACCAAGGCUCCUCCAAGGGUUCGUAAUCGUUUUUUUUUCCUUUUUUUUUUCAAAAAUUCGCGUUUAUUGGCACGAAGCGCGGGGUUUCACAGAAGCAUAUUAAACUCCGCGCAAGUCGUUUAAGGUCCGGCGCAUAUUUCAGUCAUUUCAAGUGCGCGUAUGGGCUUCUAACUUGAUAUUUAUUGAAUUUUUUUUUCAGAGUUGGCUUCAUAUAACUUACAAGGCUUGAAAAUCUUACUUUACAGAUGAGAAGAACAUGAACGUUUUCCUCCAAAUCACCAACGAUAAUCGAGCUCUCAUUGAAGAAAUUCGGGACAGAGUCAUUGCAUCGGAAUUGGCUCUCGAUGUAGGUUUUGUUUUAAUUGAAAAGUUUAAAAUUCGUCGCAUUUGUUCGAAAAUGUCGUUCUCAAGGCUUUCUCAACAUAGAGCAAGGUGGUAUUGAAAUGAGAGCGUAUCCAGUUGUUCUCAUGAUUUUUAAAAAAUAUUUGAGAUCUUCUAAAAAAAAGGCUGGACUUUGAAGAGAUCUAGCUACAGUAAUCGAUCAGAGGCCAUUCCUAAAAAAACGUUUGGUGCCGCUUUUGAAUAAUUUUGGAUCUGGUUUUCAAACCUUCACUCUAAAGGCUUUAAGACAAGGAGAAUUUUCAAAGAUUCUUCUAAACAUUAAAAGGAAGUUUUCACAGGACCCACCACCACACAAGUCAAAGUCCAGCUCCAAAGGAACCAAGGCUUCUCCCUUAUCAGUUCAAGAGCUUCUCCGCUCCUCCAUGUCCAACUCCAAUGGCCCGUCCACAUCUCAAAUGAAUCAGUUCCCCGCACCAAACAUCGCCGGUCUGAAUCCAUUCCAAUUGGCGCUGUGCCAAUCGCUCGCCGCCUUUCCCAACGCCUUCGCCGCUUCGCCGAUCCUCCCAAUGUUCGUCCCUCAAGUGACCAUUCCGGCGCCGAACCUCUUUGACGCCAAUGAAGCUCUGAAGAUCCUCCAGAACUACUGGGCGGCUCAGCAGGCCAACUCCGGACAGCAGUGA